ACACAUCAUUCAAAUGUAUAUAAGGUUCGGAAGCCCUCGCGCAUUAAUUUGUACACAUUAAAUAUAUAAAAAUUGUAAUUGAUAAAUGUUUGGUAUACCAAAAAAGAAACAUCACUAUUUAAUUCAGAAGAAGACUUUGGAAAGGGAUAAACAAUCAAAGUUAAAUCGCAGAGCAGUUCAGCUAUGAAAGGACUUCUAGAACGCCUAAAAGACGGCGAAACAAUUGUUAUAGCGGAAGGAUACCUUUGGGAAAUCGAAAGACGUGGCUUUGCACAGUUCGGCUCUCAAGUUCCGGUUGUUGUUCUAGAAAAACCGGAUGAAGUCGAAACGCUGCAUGAAGAGUUUGCACUUGCGGGAAGUGACGUCAUUGAAGCAUUUACUUAUUUUGGUCAUCGUGAGUACAUGAAGAUGCAAGGACGCGAAGACGAACUCGAAAAGCUUAACAGGGAUGCCCUUAGUAUUGCACGGAGAGUUGCUAACAAGUACGGUAAACUGUUGGCAGGAGGGCUGUCUAACACACCUUUAUACUCUAAAGACGACAAGGACAGUCAUCAAAAAAUAUAUGAAAUGUUCAAGGAGCAAGUGAUUUGGUGUGUUGAGGGAGGCGUAGAUUACAUAAUCGGGGAAACAUUCGAUGCUUUUGGUGAAGCAGAACUCGCCUUGAGGGCUAUAAAGGAAUAUGGAAAUGGUUGUCCAGCGGUGAUCACAAUGGCGGCACAUAUUCCGGACUAUACAACGGAUGAUAUUCCUAUCCCUGAAGCACUCAAGCGUCUGGAAGAUCAGGGCGCAGCUGUGGUUGGUUUAAAUUGCUCACGUGGUCCAGAUAUGAUGAUGUCACUUCUUAAAAAAGUCAGGGAAGUUUGCAAGGGCCCUUUAGCCGCAAUACCUGUGCCAUACAAAACCACAGACAACGAGAAAACUUUCUAUGCUCUAAAAGACCAGAAUACAGGAAAAUACUUAUACCCUCACAAUUUAGAUCAAGCCCGAAAUUCACGGGAGGACAUUCGAAAGUUUGCUGAAGAGGCCAAAACUCUUGGUGUUCAAUAUAUUGGUCUAUGCUGUGGAAAUUAUCCUAGUUUGAUACGUGAGGUGGCCGAGGUGUAUGGAAAGAAGCCACCAGCUUCAAAGUACGCUAUGAAAGGGGCAUGGAUAUCUGGGGAAGUCCCUAAAACUGAGAGAGUGAAGAAAAUAAGACGGUUUAUGGUCGGAGAAUAGUGAAACGAUUUCAUGUACAUUGUAUUUUGUUUGUACUGAAUUCCAAAUUUAUAUAAUAAUUGUAAAACAAACAUUUAUCAUUACACGAAUUCGUAUUGAACAUAUUAUCCUUUUUGAUUGGUUCUUUUCACGAUUGAAUUUAUAUGAUAAUUUAAAAAAAACUAUACCUUGACACAUUGGGUUUUCGAAAAUAUUCUAAUCAGGUGUUUUAAAGGUUCAAUAUGCCUCAGAUUUUUUUCUCUCGUAUGCUUUUCAGUUCUGUUGUUUUGUUAUUGUUUAUAAAACGUUACUCAUUGACCAAUUACCUCAAAACACUACAUUGUAUACUACGCUACUCUUGUGACAAAUAAUUUCACAUUCAGUGCUACUAUCAUGCUCCUAAACUAUCAUUUUAACGUUAAAAACGCAUGUUUACACUUUCUAAAGAAGGCGAUUUUUUCUGGACAUAAUGUGCCUUUAAGGUUAAUCUAACAUUUCAUAACGAACGGAAUAUAGAACAGAUUGAUGACAGUUUUCCUUUAAACAAGAGAAACAAUCGGAAAUAUUCUAUAUUUAUUAAAAUCGUUGUGUUGCUGCGAAUGUGAGCGACAAACUUGCGAACGGCAUUCGCGAGAUAGUUCCAAAAACGUACCGAAAGCACUUAACCUUUACGCACAAGUCGCAAGAUUUCGUUUUUUUGUCGCUUCAAUUUUCAACAUGUCGAAAAAAAUUCGUGCGACUAAAUUUCUCUCAAUAUAUUCACAAAAUUAUCGCAUAGAUCGCUUAACCAUCUCAAACCGUUCUCUUUGUGUUUCCACGGAUUAAGCUAAUAUGAGGCUGGACACUUUAAGGCCUUAAGAAAGCCUUAAAGACGAACUAAAGACGAAGUUACCAAAAGUUUAAUUAAUUAUUGAAUCAUUGGAAACUAUACUUUACCUGCAAGUGCAAUAAAUUACAUCAAUUUAUAAAAUGGAAAAAUAAGGUUGUUUUCACAGUCUCAUAGUCGAUUUUCAACAGAAAUGUGAACCUUUCCGGUUUUUCAUAGCGGAUGAUUUAGCCACACCUUUUCCAUUCAUUGCUAGGUCAACUGCUCACAAACAGUAUCACAAACAGAACCAUGUGUUCUUUUGUGCAAACAAGGUCAACCAGUGACUAUGUAUUAUCUCAGUGAAGCAAAUGGAUAACACGUUAGCCAAUUUACAUAAAUCUGUAAACAUUGGAAAGGUAAUGUCUAUGUAAUUCAACAUACAUAAGUGUUGACCUUACCGCACUGUAAUACAGGUAAAAGUGACGACAGGUUGCUGAAGUGAUGACUGAAAUCUGAAAUUUGCUGAUUACUGCUUGUAUAUUAUUAACUUGGUUGUUAUAUUCUUGUUACUCAAAUAAUGUCAAUUCUACUGCUAUUAACAUACUGUCCAUUGACUGCGGAUA